AAACGACGUUUUGAACACUCGUUCAAAGGUCCGCGGGAGGAGUGAUACGAUUUUCUCGAUCAUAAUGGUUGAGUAACAAAGUGGGAGUAAAAGGAAAAUUAACGCAUCGAGUGUAAAAGAAACUGAAAUACAGUACUAGUGUUCGACAGUGUUUAGAUAUUCUACGCCAGCAAACAAUUACUGUUCCCAAUUGUUCUGCACGAUUUUUUUUUUCUCAAUACUGUGCUGUAUUGGUUUUGGAUACUAUUCAAACCCGAAAAGAAGAAAGAGAUUACAGUCGAAUAACCCGAAAAUUUUAAACUACGCCUCGGAAAGUCCUCGAUUCCCUCUGCAUUUAAGGUUUCGAUUAAGAACACCAUGAGUAAGCACAUGUAUUCGACAGCAAAUCUGACCGACAUAGAACUGAAGGACCAGGGCAAUCGGAUGUUCUCCGCGAGAAAGUACGAUGAUGCCAUCAAUCUCUAUACGAAAGCAAUUAUAAAAAAUCCAACCAAUGCUACCUACUUCACAAACAGAGCCCUCUGCCAUAUUAAAAUGAAACGAUGGGACACCUCCUGUACGGACUGCCGGCGUGCCCUGGAUAUGGAUCCCAACCUGGUGAAGGGUCACUUCUUUCUCGGCCUAAGCCUAAUGGAACUGGAAUCGUACGACGAAGCAAUCAAACACCUGAUGCGGGCACACGACCUUGCCAAGGAGCAGAAGCUCAACUUCGGCGAUGACAUUGCGUCACAGUUGCGGUUAGCGCGCAAAAAACGCUGGAAUAUCCAGGAGGAAAAACGAAUUUGCCAGGAGAUUGAACUGCAGAGCUAUCUUAACAGACUCAUCACUGAGGACAUGGAAAAUAGAAUAGCCAAAUUGAAACUGGAUGAUACAAUGAAUGAAGAUGCAGCGAGGGAACUAACCUCAGAAAUUGAACGUGAGAGUGAAAAUCACACAACUGAAUUGAAUAACAUUUUCGCAAAAGUGGACGAAAGGCGAAGAAAACGAGAGGUACCUGACUACUUGUGCGGUAAAAUCAGCUUCGAAUUGCUCGUGGAUCCCGUCAUUACACCGUCCGGUAUGACGUACGAGCGCAAGGAUAUCGAAGAGCAUUUGCAACGCGUCGGCCAUUUCGAUCCAGUCACCAGAGUAAAGCUGACGCAGGAUCAACUGAUUUCCAACUAUUCGAUGAAGGAAGUAGUCGAUGCCUUCCUGACCGAAAACGAAUGGGCCUUAGACUAUUAAGAGACAGUGUUGCUUUGGCACUACGGUUCGGUUCGGAAACGUUACGCUUUGCGUGUUCUAGAAAUGUCCUUUGCAAUGAUUAGUACUAAGCUAGCGAUUAAAACUCCAUUUCACUGUGAGAAAAAUUAACUUUUAAAUGUUUAAAACCAAAACAUUUUGUUCUUCAUUUGGCGCUAGAUAUUGUUAACGAAAUUGUUGAAAUUGUUGGACGUUCUGUUUUCAUUGCUAUAAAUUGGAUAAUUUUGUGUUAGUAUCAUGCCAAACCGCCACGUCCAAAAAAAAAGGUUUUUGUAUAUGUUCAGUAUCAUUUUUCGUGAAAUUCAAUUUGAUCUAUCUAUAUUACUAUAGAUUUUUCUAAUCCUGUAUUAUGUUCACGAGGUUUAUUGAUGAACAGAUAAUGUGAUAGUUUACUAAGGUAUCAUCCAACAAUAAAAAUAGUUAUCUUAGUUUCUAGAAGUCGAUAAAAUAAAAUAUCAUUAUGUUCAAUAAAACACUAAAUAAAACAAAUCCUUUUGAGGAAAACAUAAA